GUGUGAGAGCCCUGUGCAGGUGGGCAAACUGCAGGACCUCAUCAACCGGAGUAAGAUGGCCAGGUGUAGAGGACGCUUUGUCUGCCCAGUCAUUCUGUACAAGGGGAAGCAUAUUUGCAGAUCAGCAACACUGGCUGGCUGGGGAGAGCUCUAUGGGCGCACUGGCUACAACUACAUCUUCUCUGGAGGUUCUGAUGAUGCUUGGGCAGAUGCAGAAGACAUUUCUGAAGAAGACUCUGCAUUUAGAAAUGCAGACUCCCAGCUGUUUGACAAGGUCAGAGGGCACGACAUCAAGCUGCUUCGAUACCUGUCUGUCCGAUACAUCUGUGACCUGAUGGUGGAAAACAAGAAGGUGAAAUUUGGCUUGAAUGUGACCUCUUCUGAGAAGGUGGACAAAGCUCAACGUUAUGCUGAUUUCACACUUCUCUCCAUCCCCUAUCCAGGCUGUGAAUUUUUUAAGGACUACAAAGACCGGGAUUAUACAGCUGAAGGUCUCAUAUUUAACUGGAAACAGGACUAUGUAGAUGCUCCAUUAAAUAUCCCAGUCUCUCUGACCCAGUCUCUGAAUAUUGAUUGGAGCGAGUACCAGAGCUGGGACCUCGUACAGCAGACACAGAACUACCUGAAGCUGCUGAUCUCCAUUAUCAAUAGUGAUGAUGACAGCGGGCUCCUGGUGCACUGUAUAUCCGGCUGGGACCGAACGCCUCUCUUCAUCUCCUUACUGCGCCUCUCCUUGUGGGCUGAUGGGCUGAUCCACUCGUCCCUGGAUCCAUCUGAGAUUCUCUACCUGACAGUGGCCUAUGACUGGUUUCUCUUUGGGCACAUGUUAGUCGAUCGACUCAGUAAAGGAGAAGAGAUUUUCUUUUUCUGCUUCAAUUUUCUGAAGCACAUCACCUCUGAGGAGUUCUCUGCUCUGAAGUCACAGAGAAGGAAGAGUUUGCCACCUGGCUUCACCCUGGAAGAGAUCUGCAUGCUCAAGCAGAAAGACCGAGGCAGCACCACAAGCCUGAGCAGUGACUUCUCCCUGGGGUUGGAAAGUUCCCCUGGAGCAGCUGGGAGCUUUACCUAUGAAGCAGUGGAGCUGAUGCCAGCAGGAGCACAGGCUCAAGCAGCUUGGAGGAAGAGCUGUGCAUCGUCACCACAAGCCGUGCUCUGGAGCAGAGCACAGCAGUCUGAAGACAGGCUGCCUUCCACAGGGAUGGGUGAAGUCAAGUCCUCCAGCUCCUCCUCAUCAGCCCAUUCUGAUAACUUCCUGAGGAUUGGAAGCAGCCCACUAGAAGUGCCCAGAUCCAGAUCGGCCGACCAUUCUCUGCCCGGAUCUUCCGUUUCCACAGACUUUGGCAGCUGGCAGAUGGUGACAGGGUGUGGCAGUAUUCGGGAGCAGGCAAGCCUGAGCGCGGACGCCUCUCUCCCUUGCAGCUUCCCGGAUGAGUUCUCUAACACUUGCCUACUGGUGUCACCGAGUGACCGUGAGUGUCGUCUGGAGGAAGUGCGCUCUGCCUUUCUGGCAAGCUACAGCCGGACCAUCGGCCUAAAGGCCGUGCCCGCCAGCCCCUCAGGGGCCAUCGGUGGUCUCCUCGAGCAGUUUGUGCGGGGCGUGGGACUGAGAGGCAGCAGCACCCUCUGAACACGGCGUUCCCAGACCACUGCCUGGAAAACUGGGGCUGGCACGUCCCCCAGCAGAGUCCUGGGACCCUCUCCGUGGUGCGGGCACCUGCUGCACCCAGCGCCCGCCGCCAGCCCCCCCUGCCUGGGGCUGGGGGGUGCGGGGUCUUCGGCGAGUCUCUGCAGUAAAUGACCCGAGCUGUGCCCUC